AUUGGAGAAGGAGCAACAACAUCUAAUUUCCAAGAAACUGAUAGAGAUGACAAUGGUGAAGAAAUUUCAUAUUCUUUUAAAAUAUCUUGAAGUUUAUUUACAUGGGAUUGAAGGAAAAUUAUUUCUGCUCUGUAAGCUUUGUGUUGACAAGUAUGCUAUUAAAGGUGAGUGGAGUUUGCUUCUAAAAGGGUGUUUAUUCUGGCACGAUAUCGAGCACCAUGGGUUCUUAUAA